CAGACGCUCAGUUCAUGCGAAAAAAAAAUAGCCGCCAUAAUAAAAAUGGUAGUCUUCGCCUCAGUAAAUAAAAAUAAGAAAUUCUAUCGCUCGCUGCAAAAUUCGUUCUUUUCUUAAAAACAUUAUAAAACUCUUAAAUAAAAUAGUCAUUCAACAUAAAUAACAUCAAACUAGCUUUGAAUAGUUGUACAAUGUGACCUUAAAGUGCUUUGAAUAUCCUGAAAAAAAGACUGAUUUUUUACCAGAAAGAAAAUUUGCAAUUUGCAGCUCACAACUCACGAGACACGGGGAAAUUUUCAAACCAAAUAUCUCGGCACGUGAUUUCUCUUGCUCAAGUGUUUUGCUUUUAUUCGCAGUGAUGACGAUGUGUAUUUUUAUUGCUAAACGAUUAUCAGAUAAGCUUAAUAGAUCAAUGAACUGUCGCAUCACUGUUGUCGUCGGGUCUGUCGCUGUGGGGCCUGUGUAGUGUUUGGGUAGAAAAAAAGAAAACAAAUCGAUCGAUUUAAAUUUCAUCGAAAAACUGAAGUGUUAAAAAAGAUUCCAAGAGUGCAAAAGUGAUGACCUAAAACCAAGUGUUUUUUUUUUCUUUAUGCUGUCUUCAGUUCUGCUCAGUUUCGUCAAUUAAGAACCAAAGUACGACAGAAAAAGCCGAAUCGACUUAUUUUGUUUUUGCAUAACGAUGCGUCAGUGGUAAACAUAAACAAAUAAUCGCAGCGCAGUGGAAACGGGUGCGACGCGACGCGACCACAUAGCUUAUUCUUCUUAAGUCACUUGAGAACCUACUUAGUUUAGUGGUUGCUUUAGCUUCAAGCGAGCAAGAGCAACAAUUUUUGCGCUUAAAGCAUAGAUAGCGAGCGAUUCGACAUAGACAUCGUUGGGUAACUCAUUUGUUCUUCAACCUUGCUGUCUCGGUUGUUUUUGUUUCCUUCUCGAAUAUGACUCGAUUCCCAUGAGGGUCGUUUCUCUGUGUUUUUCUUCUUUUUCUGGUGUGUCUAUUUUAUAAUUAUUGCACAAAUGCAAAUAGAAUCCUUAUUAUUGGGUUUAUUGGAACUAGAACCCAAACUAAACAAAAAGUGCGAUUGAGAUUAUUGAAUGAUUGAAAUGUCAUGUCAUCGGGCGGAACACAAAGAGACUAAAAUUGUCGAGUGUCGAGACGGAGACCGAGAAACAAAAAAGGAAAGUGAUUUUUCAGCAAUAGCAGACUCGAUUUGUUGGUGCAAACAAAUACAUAAGUCAAUACCAAAAGGGUAAAAGUGAUGAUCGAAAAUUUGUAUUUGUCUUUGUCGUCGUGUUCUUUUUCGUGGUCGUCAUUGCCGUCCGGUCCGCUUGUGUCGUGCAUCUGCAUUCCCAAUGCAGGUGGACAAUAAAAUCAAUUUAAAGUUCAUCAAGUGUACGCCACCCAAUUUAUGUUGGAUUAAUACAAAUAAAAACACCGUGCUAUGGCACUAUUUAAUAAACUCUUCUUCCCAUCAUCGUCGUCGUCAUCAUCGCCGGCGUCGACGCCAUCUACAAACAACAAUAACAAAAGAAAUAACAAUCAAUCGUUUCAUUCUAAAAACUAUAUCAGCCAAUUCCCAUUUGAUGCCGGCCAAGUGCGUGUGCUUUUGUUCAGGGAGUGUGAUAGUCGUGGCAGGCGAUUGCUUUUCGAUUCAAAUGCCUUACAAAAAGUCACACUAAAAGAUUUCGAAAUAAGACUCAGUACUGCCCAUAAGAUAAUCGAUGAAAAUAUAAGUGUAAAUUCAGAUAUUAAUUCUGGAAAACAUCAAUUUAAAAGCCAAUCGAAUGGAUAUGUUGAAGCAGCCGAUGGUUGUUUAUAUAAACACAACCGUCCGAGUAUGGCGGAUAUACCCACAGUUGGUGAAAUGGUAUUUGGAGCAUUGGCCAUGUCAUUUCGUGGGACUGCUCUUAAAGUACACUGGCUGAGAUCACCACCUCGUAUGUUGUGUUCCCAAGUUUUUCUCUCACCAAUGAAUAACAUAGCAAAUAGUGCAACACCUCACCAUGUAUCAGCUGGUCACUUAACGCCAAGAAACUCAAUAACCAGCGAUCAUAGUUCUGUUGAUGGAUUUUCGAUGAAUUCAUUUUCGAUGCUCGGUGUGGAUCGAAAAAAUUCUGAUAUUUCAGAUAGAAUCGGUGAUAAAUUCACGAAUCCUCUAGAUGUGCCCGACGCCAAUGUCAACUUAACCGCCAAACGUUAUUCGGCCACAUACAGUACAGGCGAUUCGGGUUAUAGCGGUGGAACUACAUCGAAUGACCAGUGGACAAUUACAACUGGAAGCCUGUCGUAUCAGUAUUCAAAUCGAAGUAGCUUAGGUUCAGUGAUAUCCGAUCCAGAAUCAAUGCGAAAAUUUAGUCUCGACUCGUCGUAUUUAGCAUCGGCAACACAAAGCAGCAAUAUGUCCAGUGAUGGCAGCUUACAAAGACGAAUCUCUCGGAAUCUCCUAACGUCCUUUGAGAAUCAGAAUUCUUUGAGUGAUUUCAUUGGUUUCUUGAGUGACAAUAACUUCCAUAGUACUCCGCAGACAGGCGGAGGCAGUGAGGGUUGUGUAGCUCCGCAAAAUCGACGAUGCAGUGUGGCAAAUGAAAGUCGUAGUAAUCCUGAAAUUGGACGUCGUCGUGAAAUGGCUUAUGCGCACAAAAUGAACCGACGCCCAAGGCUUGGCCUUGCAGUUUGUAUAACAAUGAGUGAAUCUUUCGAGGAUGAAAUGGAAAUGUUUUGCUCAGAGCAUAUUGCACUAUUGGAAUCGAUGUUAAGUCGACUUCGAAUAUCCUCAGAGAAGGCCUACAUCAAUCACAAGGAAUUCUUGAAGAUCAUGGUACAUGCAUGGCAAGCAACGACCCAAUGGUUAUUGGAUCUUUUCAAAGCUCCGCGGAUAAACGUUCCUGUUUGGUUAAGUAUAACAACGAGUGGUAGUAAAUACUCUAAAAGUGUUGCCGAUCGAUUUGUCCACGAACUGUGCUCCCUAUUAUCGGUCGCUGAUACCAAAAAUACUAAUUUCUUUGUGAGUACAGUAUUAACAGCCAUACUCACCCAUCAUCUUGGAUGGGUCUCAACUAUUUCGAAUUUCAAAUCACCCUCAAAAUCUAGUGCUGCCGCCAUUGAACAGAGAGCUAAACUUCUUGAAGUCUCUCAAAAGUAUCCCUAUAACGUGUUGUGGGCACAAAUAGGUGAUUUAUACGGUGCAGUGGGAACACCUCCUAAACUCUCACGGACAAUCAUUUACGGAACUGAGAAACUACCAACUGAACGUUUACUCAAUAUCCUAACGUAUUUUAUUCGUUGUGGGGAGAUAAGGAGAACAUCAAAGUCUGAGGACUUCAACAAAGAGGUCAUAAAUGAUAUCAUUAUGAAUCAAACCAAUGAUGAAGCUUCUGCAAAACACAACUCGAAUAUAAACGCUAAUAAUGUCUUCCCAUCAUCGAAUACAGCUAUGUCCACAACUAAAAGUCUUGGGUUGACACGAGCAUCGUCGUGUAAGAAUAAUUUAAGCGAAUUGUGCAAUAGUAAUGAAGAUUCCAUAGAACUUCCGCAAGAGCUAAAUAUAAGUCGCAUGAAUGAUAUACCAAAUGUUUUGGCAUUUCGGGAUUCGAGACUUGUUAAGCAAGAGCUUCGAAUAGGGAAUUAUAUGAUGGAUCCUGGCAUUGUCAAAGGUUCUCUUACCAAUCUCAGGCAAGAAGAUCACUACAAAGAUAGAAUAAAACUUACCAUCACAACUCCGGAUAAUAUUGAAAUGACUGUCGAACCAACAGAAACAGAAGAUCCUGGUGUUGUAGAAGCCAUUGAAAUAGAGGCUGGCGAUGAUGUGGUAAGAAACACAAAAACGAGUGCCUUCUUUUGGGCGCCAGCAGUCAAAGAAGGCGUGAGCUGUAGUGACCUGCAUAAGUUGCCAAUGAAUCAAAAACUGAGCAAACGUUCAACAAGCUUUAAUAAUCUCAGAGGAAUUCCGCCGUCAGGCGAAAGCAGCUGCCGAAGCGAGUAUUCAGAGCUGAAGCCAAUCAGCGAGAAACAUAUAAGUCUGUCAGAUUUGAUAACUGAGAACAGUAUUGGCAAGGGGAAUCGUUUAGCUUGGGGCGUUGAACCCAUCAGAGAGACGAUUAGCAGUGAAAUCGAAGUAAAAUAUUUUGAUGACCAAAAAACAACUGCGGACAAAGAAGUGGAAAACAAUGAGAGUAAGGGAGUGGUCUUCGUUUUAGGUGAUAACGAACCACUUGUUAAUAUCAAACGAAGCACUGAAGAUCUCGCAGAAAAUAAUGUUCCAAGUCAAUCUACUGAGUCUCUAUCAUUAUCGUCGACGUCAAAGAAACCAAUUUGUCCCCAUCAUCCACAUCAUAAUUCGCAUAAGAAACAUUCCGGGGUGAAAUUCGAUUUCGUCCAAUAUCCUCAGAUCUAUGCGAAUUACAUGAAGAACAAGAAUCUGAGUGAUUAUGAUUUCAUGGAGAAGCCACAAAAGUUCGAAAUGUUUGGUGGGCCAUCUGCUGUGGCUGUAGCCGGUACGAGUGCAUUAUCAGCUGCUGCCACAGCAGCCGCUUCAGCUGCCAAAGAAGAUGUUUCACUGACAUCAGAGUUUUGUGAGUUCUGCCAGAAUUCUACAAACGGUAACAAAUCAUAUCAAACACCAUCGAAUGCCACUGAAUUGGAAUUCGACACUGAUGAUGAUCAUUCCGUGUACAAUAAUCAACCUGCAAUUGAAAGCAACAAUGACCCCAAAUCGUCUGCAUCGGUUUCUACCAUCGAGGCAAGAAAUAUAAAAUUGAAGAAGGUUAAGAAGCAGUCAGAUAUGAACUUGGUGGUGUUGCCGGUGCCUGGCAGCAAAGAGCAGCAGAUAGCCGACGAUGCUGUUGCGAAAUGUGAUAUAAAACUAAAAGCUGGAUUCAUUCCGUCGUUGUUUUUGAAUAUCAACGAUCACUAUGUAUCCGAUAUGGUCUUACAGGGAACAUCAGCACCGCCACAUAAAUGGGAGUUGAGUCUGAGAGAAGAUCUCGCUUUAGCUACACAUUCUGCAUCGUUGAUUUCAACACCAGCUGAAAAUGUAGCUGUAAUAGCCGAUAUGGAAAAUUGGGAUGUUAAAAUUGUAUCAUCACAAAACCAAACAAUUCCCUUCUCGAGUGUUGUGAGCGGUCCUGUUGGAAUGUCACAAUUAGUUGCUUCAAUGCUUGAAACAGUCUACACUAUGAACAGCUCUGGAAUACCAGCCUAUGAAUGCCUUUCGUUUUUGGAAUCAAAACUACAAGAAAUUUACAUGCACUCAGAGUCGCUGGCAUCAUUCUUACUGGCCACCGACUUUUGUUCCUUAAGUGCUGUCACCACAGCCCUAAAUCUAACCGAAAACGAUGUUCCAUUACUUCUAUCUGUCGCUUCAAUACACACACCACAAAUAUCUAAAAAAUGUGGAAUUAGUUUUAGAUGACAUCUUUUCAAUCAUCUUAUCAGUCAUUAAAGUUAGCUAUAGUAAUUGUAAAUAAUUGUAAAAACUAACAAUAAUUUAUCAUAUCUUCUUUUUUUGUAUACAUAUAUAAAGAAAGAAAACACGCGUCGCCCAAAAAAAGCAAUACUCUUUAACUCUUAAUUAUAAAUAACAAAAAAAAAUCAUAAAUUAUAAUAUUCAUUUAUCAAUCUCACAAAUCAUCCGCACACAACUCACAUACAUUCAUUGACUUUGUGAUAUUUACUGCAUAGGUAUUAAACAGAAUUUCUUCACCAUUUAUAAUUUCUCUUCUAUUAUUAUUAUUAUUAAAUAUUAAUUUAAUUUAAGAAUAUAGAUUAUAUUUAAAAUAACUAAAAUAUAAUAAUAUUUCUCUAUAUAUAUUUAUUUGUAUUUGAAUAAUACUCUAAUUUGUUUUCAGUUUCCUCUGGUUGUAAGAAAAUAAGAUAAUUUAGUUGAAAAUUAUUUAUACUUGUAUUUUUGGAAUAUUAUUGUAAUGAAACGAAAUAAUACAAAAAAAGAUAUGAUUUCAGAAUAAAUAAUUAGACAAAAAAUAAUAACA